AUGCCUCCUGCAACAUUUCCUCCCACCCCAGCUCCUUCGUCGGAGAUUGCUGCAAAAGACUGUCAUGCAGGAAGUGACCUCACCGCUCUGGAUGGGUCAUUUGUGCUGCCCCCACCAGCAAUGGCGGAUAACGAUCCCUCUGACUCUGUCAUGAGCAGCCCUGAUGAGAUGUUCAUCGAUUCCCCAUUCAGCCCCAUAUCUCCAGCUUUGUCGGCCAAGUUGAGCUCAACUUCCACCACUUCUCGCCGUCGAAGUGGUCCUGCCCAAUUGCCGCCUCCUCCGUCCCGCUCCCGGAAGAUCAUUCAGGUGGCUCCUCGCCCAGAGCCACGCAAGGCGGCAAGCUCAAAAUCGGCAAAAGCUCAAACCAAAACGACGUCCGCUCCUUCAACCACCAACUCCCCCAAGAAGAAACAAUCUGGGUCAGGGGGGUCGACAAACCGGAAAGUCGCACGGAAAACUGCUCACAGUCUAAUCGAGAGGCGUCGAAGAUCCAAGAUGAAUGAAGAGUUCGGUGUUUUAAAGGAUAUGAUACCAGCCUGUAAAGGGCAGGACAUGCAUAAGUUGGCAAUCCUCCAGGCCAGCAUCGAGUAUACACGAUACCUUGAGCAUUGCGUUACAGAGCUAAAGGCGGCGUUUGACAAGCCACCUAGUCCUGUAACUAGUUUUGAGCCGAGCCCUCUCCCAUCACCGCUCGAUGACAAUCGCUCAACUUCCAAAUCCGUUGUAUCAGAGGAUGAGAGAGAGACGUCUCCUCUGGCUUCAAACCUUGCCAGUACUUCAUCUUCCACUCUUCCUUCACCCGCCCUUGUACCAGAAUCUAAGCUCUACAAUGUCCAACCAGCCGGCCUACUUUCGCCGGAAUGCGAAAUUAGAUGGGAAUACGUCGCGCCCUCAUGCACAAUCACUCCACAGCCUCCGCCGCUGAGCAAUGAGAGGAAAAGAACCGAUCAAGAAAAUACAGCAAGGGCAUUAUUGAUGUUGCGCGAAGCAGACGGCACUCGGGGUAUGAGUGUACAAGACCUCCUAAGCGGCUGA